AAUAGAUACUGCUCAAGUAAGUUGGGGAUCACUUCUCGCCCGAAAGUAGAUAGAUGAAUCUUCAUAGGGUGCGUUUUUUUCACUUCGUUUUCUUUCCGGGACCACCUUCAUCCGGGGCGAAAGAAAUUGAUCGAGUUUGUAACUAGAAAGACGAAGAAGUUUUUUGUAGAAAGUAGCUACUCCCAUAACGAAAUUGCAAGGCCACUGUUAAGCACUAUUCUAGUAGUUGUAUGGACCUCUUCUCCAAGAAUGCGCUAGGCAUCUUGAUCUACUCAUGUACGUAUUCGAUUUAGAAUUUUGAUCUCUCUUUCCCAUCCCUCGCCCUCCUGUAUCGCACCGAGAUUUAAUGUUUUACGUAACUAUCGACGAUUGAAAUUUUUUUUAAAUGGACGCUUUGCCAUCGCAAGACCGAGACACUCGCUUUGAAAUUGUAUGUAGUGAGGUCACGAACGUUCUAUCCUAGUUGUUUUUUGACACCUCACCUGCAAAACGAGCGGCAGUUUUCAAGCGGCCGGAAGGCUUUUUUGACAUAAAAAAUUUCCAAUUAUCAAGCGGCCGGGGCUUUGAUAGCAAACAAGCCCGGUCGAAAGCUAUCGAUUCGCACUUGAUAAAACGACGCAGGGGAGCCGGCAAGAGGGGCGCCCUUCUGAGGCGCCCACCGCCUUGGUUUCUGGCGAUUUGGGGCGCCCAAAAAGGGGCGCCCAAAAAGCAGCACUCCGAAAAAAACAGCGAAUCCGCAUAGUAUGGGCCUCAUUUUGGCCCACAUUCAGGCCUCGCAAAAGACGCCACCAAAGUCCGCCAUUUCAGAGGCGGACUGAAGGCCAGAAGAUGCGACCUUUCAACAGAAAAAACAAAAAAAAACAAAGUCCGCCAAAAGCAAAAAGCCAAUCCGCAUGCUAUGGGCCCGAUUUGGGGCUCCCAAGAGGCCGACCCUGGCGGGGGCCCUGACGGGCCCAUAGCAUGCGGGGAAGGUUUUUCGAUUCGAAACCAAGUGGCGGCCUGUUCUGGGCCGACAUUUUUAGCGGCCGCCGUGCCGUCGUGCAUAACAUUACUCACGAUGGCAUGGUGGGCAGAGAAGUCGCGUCAUUUUUUGGCGUGAAGACAAAAAAACCGCCAUGACCUCACUACCCCCGCGGACGCGGCUAUUAUUGGUACACUGAGUAGCUUUAACUGAACAAUAUGUAUCUGCGCGAUCCAUCCUACCCCGGAUGAUUCUUCGUCUGCAUCAGUUGUGACGCAACUCGUGAAGAAUUCCGGCGCGAAGGAAUUCUAGCAUCGGAUCGUUAUUAACGUUAUUCAAUACAUUUUGUUUCUAUAUCUGGAUCGCCCCACGAAAUUAACAAGCGAUGAGUGGCAGUUCUACGAUGAACAACAAACGCACGAACGUCGGAGCAGACCACAGUUGUGGCACGACAUUGACUGCGGACAGCGAGUUGCGGCGCGAUGGAUCUUUGCGAGGACUGGAGGAUCAUUCGAAGCGCCGCAAACACUCGGAUAACGAGGAGGAUAACUCAGUGGGGUCGAGUUCCUCCUCCGACUCCUUCAAUGCAAACGGUUCUGCAGCUUCCGGUUUUCGUAAUAAACACGAUGAGUUGUCGGCUUCGGCGUCAGCCUCAUCAUCUUCCGCGGCAUCGGGUACUACAACUUCUUCGACGACAACUGUGACGGGUGGAACGGCAACUACAGCAGGUCCUCCGGGGGGAGGCGAAAUUCAAAUUGGCAAACAUCCGUCUGUUGGAACAACGCAUAGCGUGAUGCAGCUGGAGAAGAAUAAAUUUCUCCCCCCGGCGUCCUCCUCCACCGUAAUCGUCGGCGCGGGGUCGUCAGCCUCCAGUUCCUGCACCUCCUCGGCGAGCAACAGCCCGAGAACGAUUCUCCAGAACAUGGAGCGAAACUUGUUCCACAAUUCCGGCGCAGAGCACAACGCCUUCUCCAGCAUGUGCUUUUCACACAGCCCGAACGACCUGCAGUUGGUGCAUUUUGACUCCGUGACAACCAACGCUAGUACAACUAGCUCAGGACCGACGGCCACAACAUCUUCGGCCGCUCCUUCACACAGCAAUUCGGUUUUUAACUUGACGACGGCUGAUGACGUCGGAAGCGCGUUGUUUCCAACUUUGUCCACAUCCUCUGUGGCUUCCACCUCCGUACCGCGUCUAGACGAGCCACCAGAUGUUGUUGCUGAGGACAAUGUUGAAAAUAACAAAAUGGACAUUGUGCUAGAAGUAGAACGAAAAGACGAGCAGGGAAAUAAGACCUUGGAUCAACAAAAGCUGCUCACCGCAAAUGUUGUUGAAGACCCAAAAAUUAUUUCACAAAUACGAGUAGCAGACCAAGAGGAACAAGACCAAGAAGGCCAAAUGAUCGUUCCCCACUCUCCAACGCCGGAAGAAAUCGCAGAGAAACGGGAGCUGAUGCUGCACACCUGGGAAAUUCUUUGGCCGGUUCUGCUGGAAGCGGGCUUCAUGCUGGACGAGAAGAUCGUGGCGAGCCUGGACGCGACUUGCAAAACGUUUUUCGAGUUGAACAGUGAGUACUGCGUUUGGAAACGGCUCGGGGAGCGCCGAUUUUACGGUAUCGAGCUUUCCGGUGCGGACCCGUUGAAUGACGGCGAGGAGUUUGUCCCCGUCACCCGGUCCAAGCAAACGGCGCUGUUGAGCCCACCAAAAUUGACGAUUCCGACGCCAGAGUUGAAAAAGUUGCAGGAAGAGGAGUUCCUGAGCGAGCAACAGAUCGAAGAACUCCGGUUAGGAGAGGAGAUGAUGUUGCAGCAAGGCGGAGCAGACGGUGCGGAGGAUAGUGAUGUCAACAUCAAUGUCGUAGAAGGAGAGGAGGACGAGGACAAUAUCAACAUUGACACAUCAGGUGGUCGUACAGGCACAAGAACCGGUAGUACUUCUGGGGCAGCUGCAGGGCGCGAAAAUAAUGUCAACCUGGACGUAGAGAUGCAGCCAAUCAGAGGAGGUGGAGCCGAUAGUACAGCAUCACAAUCGAACGACGUCGCUGGACACCGAGAUGGUGGCACGCAGUCAUCCAACGUCAGCAUGCUGAAAUCUUCCGAUGAGGUAGCCUCCGAGGAAGAUGAAAAGGACGCCGAUGAUGUCGGAGUGUUACCGCCGAUGAGAAAAAGCAAUCCGGGCCUGAUGCGAAAUUCCGUGUCUUCGAACGGUGGAAAAAUAACAGGAGGACAAAGCAGUGGACAGAACAAAAACAACGUCGACAAAACACCAGGACGAAACAGUGCCAGUGCGGCGGCGCUGAAUGAGCGGAUGAGCACCAGCUCGGUCGGCAAUGCCGGCAUCUUCUCGAACUGCCCACAAAUCGCAAACCGGCAGUGGCGACAGCGUUUUUUUCGCUUCAAGCGGAGACUCGCGGAGUUCCGUGUACCGCAUGGGCCGCCAAUGGUGGCAGGUAUAGAUACUUCCUGAAAUGUCCUGCUAUUGCAUGAUCGUGCUUGCACGUUGGGCUUCCACCGAGUUCAGGAAAAAGAAAAAUUGCGCACAGGAUAUGGAUGAUUGAAGCUUCAUGAUCAUGAACAUGAUGCAUCACAAUGAAUUAUGACGUUGCACUCACCAAAACUUUACCAAGGUCUGAACCAGCGCAUCGGCUCGUUUCAGUUCCAGGGCUACCGCGGAUGGAACCAGAUUACGAAGGUCCUCGGAUCCGACGAAGUCGCUUACACGAAGGGAACACUGCAGAAGGGAAAAGUGAAUGCGCUGAGCCUCUAUGUCGAGAUCGCGGUAUCUUUUCUCUCUACAUUGAUAUUGAUUUUUUUGCAGCUCCACGGUGCAGCACCCUGUUGCGUGACAAUCUUCAUCAGUAUCCAUCGGUAUUAGUAUCCAUCAUAGAUCGUCAUGCAUGACCCAUACCAGAAUGAAAAUGCGCGGCGACCAUAAAACCGGAACAGGUGACGGAGAACGCUGAUAACCUGUCUCUUGCGAUCGUAGACUUCGACAAGGGUGGCAAGUCUUCGGUCACCUUCUCCCCCGACACCGGCGCAGUGAUUAAAGAGACAAAAGUGCAGGAAGCACCACGGAAGGUGUUGGGUUCGUACAUCCAGCCCUUGGAGCGAAAAUUGUCGAAAUUCAAGGGAAAGAUGGGCAUGUUGAUCCGCGAGGGUCACCUGGCGUUUUAUCGAAAGUACACAUUUAUUGAUGUUUGGUGCCCGGGUUUUAGUUUUUUUUUGUCGGCGUUCAAUCAAGGUAGUUUGACAAGAUUGUCGACGUAACUGAGGGGUGGACUACGACGAUCGAUAGAAUCCUGCGCCUGAAGCCAGGAACAGCACACGUCAUCAACACGAAGUACACAAAUUGAAACUGUAAAUACGAAUUUCAACAAGGUACGAAUCCGAGGAGCUGACGACCCCCUGGGAGUGCACGGGCUUCGUCGUUAGCUUUGACUGGGCCGAGGACGGCAACCGGCUGACCCCCUGCAUUGCGUUUCGGGACAACGGUACCUACCACGCGAAGAUUUCCGCGUUUGACUCGACCAUCUCUAGCUGUUCCAACGGCUUGAACAUGCCGCCGAUCGAACCGGAAUUCUCGCCGGCCGAGUCCAAGUAUCUGGACAAAAGCAGGACGGAAGAGUUCUGGAACCAUUUGAAUUGGGAGGCGACGCAGGACUGA